AUGGCGCUCGCGCGCCCGUCCUCCGCGCUCCUCUCCUGCUCCUCCUCCGCCUGCCUCCGCCGCCUCAACCCGCUCCUCCUCGCCGCCGCCGCCGCCUGCCGCCGGCCGGCGUGGUCCCCGCGCCGCGCCGCCCGCAGGUUCUGCGCAGCGAUUGCCUCCGAGACGGAUGUGUUCACCUCCCCGGAGGUCGCGAAGUCGUUCGACUUCACCAACGAGGAGCGGAUUUACAAGUGGUGGGAAUCUCAGGGAUUCUUUAAGCCUAACUUUGACUGUGGAGGAGAUCCAUUUGUCAUCCCGAUGCCACCACCAAAUGUUACCGGAUCACUACAUAUGGGCCAUGCUAUGUUUGUCACCCUUGAGGAUAUAAUGGUUAGAUAUUUCCGAAUGAAAGGGAGACCUGCACUCUGGAUACCUGGCACUGACCAUGCUGGGAUUGCGACUCAGUUGGUUGUGGAAAAGAUGCUGGCUGCUGAAGGUGUCAAGAGGACAGAUAUGACACGAGAGGAGUUCACCAAAAAAGUUUGGGAGUGGAAAGAGAAAUAUGGGGGCACUAUCACUAAUCAGAUUAGGCGACUGGGUGCAUCUUGUGAUUGGAGUCGUGAACGUUUCACUCUUGAUGAGCAAUUGAGCCGUGCAGUUGUUGAAGCAUUCGUUAGACUCCAUGAUAAAGGGCUUAUAUAUCAAGGCUCUUAUUUGGUCAACUGGUCUCCUAACCUGCAAACUGCAGUAUCUGAUUUAGAAGUAGAAUACUCUGAAGAACCUGGAAAUUUGUACUUCAUCAAGUACCGUGUUGCUGGUGGAACCAGGGAUGAUUUUAUGACUAUUGCGACCACAAGACCUGAAACUCUAUUUGGUGAUGUUGCAAUUGCUGUUAACCCAGAGGAUAAGCGUUAUGCCCAAUAUGUUGGCAAAUUGGCUAUUGUACCGUUGACAUGUGGGAGACAUGUCCCUAUUAUUGCUGACCGGUAUGUUGAUCCAGAAUUUGGGACUGGGGUGCUGAAGAUUAGCCCUGGACAUGAUCAUAAUGAUUAUCAUAUUGCUCGAAAGCUUGGGCUGCCAAUUCUAAAUGCUAUGAACAAAGAUGGUACGCUAAAUGAUGUUGCUGGAAUAUACAGUGGUAUGGAUCGAUUUGAGGCCCGAGAAAAGUUGUGGUCUGACCUUGUUGAGACUAACUUGGCAGUAAAGAAAGAACCUUAUACACUUCGAGUCCCUAGGUCUCAACGGGGUGGUGAAGUGAUUGAGCCUUUGAUUAGUAAGCAAUGGUUUGUUACGAUGGAGCCAUUGGCUGAAAAGGCUCUCCAUGCUGUUGAAAAUGGGCAAUUAACCAUUCUUCCGGAGAGAUUUGAGAAGAUCUAUAAUCAUUGGCUAACAAACAUAAAGGAUUGGUGUAUAAGUAGACAAUUGUGGUGGGGUCAUCGUAUACCAGUUUGGUAUAUUGUUGGAAAGAAAUGUGAAGAAGACUAUAUUGUUGCUAGAACCGAAGAGGAGGCACUUGCAAAAGCUCAGGAAAAAUAUGGAAAAUCAGUUGAAAUAUAUAAAGACCCUGAUGUUCUUGAUACUUGGUUCUCAAGCACGCUUGGUUGGCCUGAUCUUUCCAAGGAGGAUUAUAAGCAUUUUUAUCCUUCAACUGUUCUGGAGACAGGGUAUGUUAGUUUUGGCAACAGAUCAGUACCAUUUUCUUAUGUCUAUCUUCAUGGUCUUAUCCGGGACGCUGAGGGUCGAAAAAUGUCGAAGACAUUGGGGAAUGUCAUUGAUCCCCUAGAUACCAUCAAAGAUUACGGGACAGAUGCUUUGAGAUUUACACUAUCUUUGGGCACUGCAGGCCAGGACCUCAAUCUCUCUACAGAAAGGUUGACAUCAAAUAAGGCUUUCACAAACAAGCUGUGGAACGCAGGCAAAUUUUUGUUGCAGAAUUUGCCUGAUAAAAGUGAUGUCUCGGCAUGGGAUGUCUUGUUAGCAAAUAAGUUCGACUCAGAAGCAUCACUCCAGAAACUGCCAUUGCCAGAAUGCUGGGUGGUUACAGGACUACAUGAACUCAUUGAUAAGGUCAGCAGAAGCUAUGACAAGUUUUUCUUUGGAGAUGCUGCUAGAGAAAUAUAUGAUUUCUUCUGGGGGGAUUUUGCUGAUUGGUAUAUUGAAGCUAGCAAAACACGGCUUUACCACUCAAGUGACAAGUUCGCUGCUGCUACAGCCCAGAGCGUUCUGGUGUAUGUGUUUGAAAACAUACUGAAGUUAUUGCAUCCCUUCAUGCCAUUCGUCACUGAAGAAUUAUGGCAGGCAUUUCCAUACAGAAAACAAGCACUUAUGGUUACUCCCUGGCCUACCACUGGCCUUCCUAAGGAUUUGAGGUCCAUCAAAAGGUUCCAGAAUUUGCAAUCAUUGAUAAGAGGAAUCAGAAAUGUUCGAGCAGAAUAUUCUGUUGAGCCAGCUAAACGGAUAUCAGCUUCUGUUGUUGCUACUGCAGAUGUCCUGGAAUAUGUAUCGAAGGAGAAGCAGGUCCUAGCUUUACUUUCAAAGCUUGACGUUCAGAAUGUAAAUUUUACUGAAUCAGUACCAGGUGAUGCAAACCAGUCGGUUCACAUUGUUGCUGAUGAGGGUUUGGAGGCCUAUCUACCUUUGGCUGAUAUGGUUGAUGUGUCUGAAGAGGUUAAACGGCUCUCCAAGCGCCUCUCUAAGAUGCAAUCGGAGUAUGAUGCUCUUGUAGCCCGCCUCAAUUCCCCCAGUUUUGUAGAAAAGGCUCCUGAAGAUAUUGUUCGUGGAGUUCGUGAAAAAGCGUCCGAGGCAGACGAGAAGAUCUCUCUAACUAAGAAUCGUCUUGCUUUUCUGCAAUCAACCAUCUCCACUUAA